AUGUCAGCAAGCAGAAGCUCAAAUGCCUUAUCGAAUAAAAAUGAUUUAGGAAGCAUUAAAAUAGCUCAUAAAAACUAUCCUCCUUUUAAUAUUGAGAGGGGUAAGUCUCUCCCUUCUCUCAAUGAUGUUGCUUCGCAAUUAUCUUCAAGCCAUCAACCAGGAUCGAAUAGAAUAAAUGGAGACUUAGCCUUAAUAUAAAAUCAAAACACUGAGUGAAAAGUACCUCAGCAGAAUCUUCAGACGUUCUUGGUGAAGGUUCUUUAGGAUUCACUGGCAAUCAGGCAGCUGGAAGUCUUCAGGUAGAGAAUAUUGCGAACCCUCGUCAAAAGUUUUGUACCUGUGGACUUGACAAGAAGCAACAAAGACUAGUGAAUAGAGUUCUGACUGUGAACAACUUGGACUAUCUCUAUAAACUUAGAGAAUAUGAUUACAGAAUCAAAGAGAAAAACUCUCCCAUCACUGGAAGGCCUAUGUAUGUCUAUGUGUGCCAGUACAAAGGUGUCUGAAAGAAAGAAUUCGAAAGAAGUUGGAACCUGCUAGAUCAUUGUAGAGUUCACAUGGGAAUCAAGCCCUACACCUGUCCAAUUUGAAAUAAGAAGUUCACGCAGAAGGGAAAUCUGAAUAAACAUUUGACGACCCAUUAA